UCCCUUUAGCUAAGCAACACAAUAAUAGACGAAGGAAGCAGACACAAGCAAAUUAAGGGAAACGUCAAACUUUCACCAACAAAACCAGAUAUAGAUAGAGGAAGCAAAACCCUUUAAACUUUCUGAAGCAUUCUUGUCCACAUGGAAGUUUGCAGGAAAAUGGUGAACAUGCUGGGCGCUGAGCGUGAUUUGAACUUCAAGGAGACUGAGCUGUGUCUGGGAUUGCCUGGGAGCGAGCCUGAGGUUAUUAUAAAAGCUACCGGAAAAAGAGGUUUCUUGGAGACUGUUGAUCUGAAACUUAACCUUCAGUCUAAGGAAGAGAGCAUGUUGACGAAUGCUUCAAAGGAAAAGAACCUCCUUACUUCCACCAAGGAUCCGGCUAAGCCACUGGCCAAGGCACAAGUUGUGGGAUGGCCACCAGUGCGAUCGUACAGGAAGAACAUGAUGGCUCAAAACAAUAACAACAAUAAUAAUAAAAGUGAGCUGGAGAGAGAUCAGAAGGCUGGAGGCAGCAGCAGUAGUGCUGCAGCCGCCUUGGUGAAGGUUUGCAUGGACGGCGCUCCAUAUCUUCGUAAAGUGGACUUGAAAAUGUACAAGAGUUACCAAGAACUUUCUGAUGCCUUGGCCAAGAUGUUCAGUUCCUUCACCAUGGAUGGCAAUUAUGGGGCCCAAGGAAUGAUUGACUUCAUGAACGAGAGCAAGUUAAUGGAUCUACUGAACAGCUCCGAGUAUGUGCCAACCUAUGAAGAUAAGGAUGGCGACUGGAUGCUCGUGGGCGAUGUUCCAUGGCAGAUGUUUGUUGAUUCAUGCAAGCGGCUGCGCAUAAUGAAAGGAUCAGAGGCUAUUGGGCUUGCACCCAGAGCCAUGGAGAAGUACUGCAAGAACCAUAGCUAAACUACGUGUCUUGGUCUGCUGGCUAGCUAGCUUUCCCCAAAGUGUUCUUUGGUUUUGAUUGUCUGUAAUUGUUAUUUGAUAUUUGGUCGGUAUAUAGAUAUCAUGAAAAUUAAGAAUCUGGAUCGAGCUUUGUAAUAGACAAUAUUAAUAUUUAAGAAGCAUGAAUAAACUAAUUAAUUAGCCCCCA